UUCUACUGACAGAUACGCAAAAUAAGGCAUAAUGCACGAAUACCUAGAUUCGACUCAAGCUUCAAAUGGAGAGGAUAUGACGUUAAUACAAUUUCAAGCAACCUGUGAUCAGCUGAUUCUUUUACAUAUUUUAGCUGACUCGGCUCGGUCUCAGAAAUCAGUCGUGGGGGUGGAGGGGAAAUGGCUCUUCGAACAACGGGAUCCCCGCCGUUAUUGGACGAUACGAAUUGUUUGCAUCGUUCAUUUGAUAAUGGAUGCUUGACAUUCGAGUACUUGUCGCAACAGUGCGAAAAAUCCUUCACGAACUUGUUUUUGUAGUCGGUUUUCAUCGCUUUUCGACAUCAAGUAGUCAACAGAAUGACGGCACGUAAUUCUUCCUCGUCGUGCCAACAAUGAUCACCUUCAGCGUACUAUUGUUCGUUUUCCGAGAAUAAAUCGAGUCCUACAUCCAGUCAAGAAUCGUGGAUCAUGGAUAGCGUGACAGGAAUAAUAUAUGCAAUAUGUCGAGGAUUCGUGGACAGUUGGAGGGGUGCUGUUGUACUUUUUUAUAUGGAUAAACAAAUCAAUGAGAAAUUACUCAUGAAUUCUUCUACUAGAGCUGAACUCAAACAAAGAGACUUGGCUAUGCAAAAUACUGUUAGGCAUAAUAAUCAACAACGAAGAUCUAUGGUAAUGAAGAGAACCCUUCAAUGCUGUGCAUUAAAUGGUGGUGUGUUUUGGGCUAGUACAGCAAUAUUUGAAUAUGGACUUUUACCAUUUGUCAAAUAUUCACUAACUGUUUUAUUUGGUCAUUCUCCUAGUAUGGCCCUUAUUGUAUGGUCAUGGAUUCAGCCAUUUUUAUCUUUGAUAUUUGGCACAAUUUGGGUGUUACCAUUGUUUUUGCUCAGUAAAAUAGUUAACAGCUUAUGGUUUCAGGACAUAGCAGAUAGCGCUUACAGAUACAGACAAGGGAGACCAUUGCUUCUAUCAAGCGUGAGCAGACUUAUAGCUGAUACACUUUUCAGUGUAUUGGUUCAAGCAUUGUUCUUGGGACAAGGAAUGUUGGUGUCCAAAGUUCCGUUACCAUUAUUAGGGGAUAUACUUGCCCUUGUUCAUAUGUGCCUUUUAUAUGCUCUCUAUGCCUUUGAAUAUAAAUGGUUCAAUAUGGGUUGGGAAUUGCAUAAACGAUUGACUUUUAUUGAAGGCAACUGGCCAUACUUUUUAGGCUUUGGUAUGCCAUUAGCGGUACUUACCCAACUGCCCAGCUCAUAUGUUACAAGUGGCUGUGUUUUUUCUAUUUUAUUUCCACUAUUUAUUAUAAGUGGAAAUGAAGCGGAACCUAUAAUUGGAACAUGUGAUUGCCAGCUAAAAUUAUUUUCGCCAGUAAUCGCAAUUGCAAAUACGUUAUUUAACAAAACCAUUGGGCGAGCCAAUAGGCGGUGACAAUGAAAAAAGGAAGACGAGAAAAUGCCUAAUUUAUGCCAUUUGUAUGUUAAGAUGCACAUAUAUAUUUACCAAUUUGUUACAAAAAUUUUAAAAAUAAUUAUAUAUAAAUUUAUAUUAAAAAAAUA